ACCGCAUUGAACCUUAAAUUCCCGAAGCUCAUCAAUCAAACUCCGAUUUUCAAAAACCCCAAACCCCAAAACCCAAAUCUUUCUUCUUUCCCUGCAUUUUCCGAUCGCAGCUUUGAUUCGGAGCCACAGAAAACUCAGUUUAGUAUCCUGAGGCGAAGUUUGAAGCUAAUCUUAGUCAGACGAAUCACUACUUCAAAACUUUAUGGCUAGCAACAAGCCUGUUGUACCAAAGGAAGAGGUCUUUGAUUUCAGGGAUCGGAUGUACUCAAGGCAUGCUGGGGACAGUGGUGCGAGCUCAUCUGGAAGUGAUAUACGAACAUUCUUCGUAGAUAUGGGGUUCCUGCCAUCCCUGGUUGAUACAGUGAUUGAAAAAAAUGGUGAAGAUGAUGUAGAGUUGUUAUUAAAUACCCUGACUACAUAUUCGGCAGAACAAAAAUCAAUUCCUCAGUCAUCAGAUUCUCUUGAAGGCUUACGAAGUGGUAAAAUGGGCAGUAAUCCUCCACAUUUUUCUACAGUCUGUCAUAAGCAGGCUGUACGGACCUCAAAAUCUGAAUCAUCAGAUUCUCUAGAUAGCUUAUUUGAUGACAAGGAUGCACACAAUGAAAUCUCAUCAGUUGUUAUACCAAAAGAGGAGGCUGAUGAUUAUUAUCAUAUUAGCGAUACCAAUAAAGCAUCCUUGUUAGUGAUGAACUUUUCUGCAGAUGAAGUCGACUUUGCGAUUGAUAAGCUUGGUGGAGAUGCUCCUCUUAAUGAAUUGGUGGAUUUUAUUAUUGCUGCACAGAUCGCUAUAAAGUUGGAGAAGGAAACAGAUGAUGCAUUCUGUAGAAAUGAAUUGAACAAGGAGGAAAAUGACGAAACCUUGUUUGUGACAAUGGAGAAGACACUUCGGUUGCUUGAAAUGGGCUUCUCUGAGAAUGAGGUUUCUUUGGCAAUUGAAAAGUUUGGAUCUGAAACUCAAAUCGCAGAACUUGCCGAUUCCAUUGUUACAGGUCGAAUUGCUAGUGACUACCCUGGGGAUGUUAAGUGUUCUCCAAGCUCAUUUGGGAUUGGUGGUUUAUAUACUCCUGAAGAUUAUAUGACUAAAGUUAAAGCUGAAGAAUCCAGUUCCGCUGUUGUUCCUCUGCCAAGAAAUGUUAACAUUGAGGCAAUACUGAAAGGUAAAAGGCCAAAAGAAGAAAAUACGGAUGACCACCUGAAUCCUACUCCUCGCUUGGAUAAACAUAAAGGGAAAAGGCCAAAGCAAGAAUACGCUGAUGACUUGAGUUCUCUAUAUGGUCCUGGAUGGGUGGAAUCAAAAGUCAAUCCAGACAUCACCAGCUUUGACAUCCCCCCGUCUUCAAGACUAAAUCUCUCAAGAAGUCUUGAUAAGUUGGUGGCUAAGCCUCCAUUCCCACCUUUGAAAUCAAAUCCUUCUAGAGCUCUUGAAAAGGUGGUGACUAAACCUCCAUUUUUCUUGUAUGGAAAUGUUCUGGAUAUAUCUCGUGAUUCUUGGGAAAAAGUUUCCAAGUUCCUAUAUGCCGUUGAGCCUGAAUACGUGGACACUCGGUCCUUCUCAGCUUUGAGUAGAACAGAAGGAUACGUGCACAAUCUUCCAUGUGAGAACAGGUUUCACAUCACUCCAUUGCCUCCAAUGACCAUCCAAGAUGCUACACGUACAAAAAAAUGGUGGCCAUCCUGGGAUACAAGAAAGUAUUUGAGCUGCAUCAAUUCUGAAACUAGAGGAGUAUCUCAGCUGUGUGAUAGGCUGACAAAGACAUUGACUGAUUCUUGCGGUCAUCUUUCAUCUCAUCAAGAGAGAGAUAUUCUUCAUCAUUGCAUAGCUUUGAACCUUAUUUGGGUCAGCCAGUUCAAACUGGCUCCGGUAGAGCCUGAACAGCUAGAGUGCGUACUUGGCUAUCCGGUAAAUCACACCCAAGAUGCUGAAAGUAGCUCGAUGGAAAGACUUCAAUAUCUCAAGUAUUGUUUUCAGACAGACGCUUUGGGUUAUCAUCUAUCUGUUUUGAAGUCCAUGUUCCCAGAAGGAUUGAUUGUGUUGUCCAUUUUCAGUGGAAUUGGUGGGGCGGAAAUUGCGUUGCACCGUCUUGGCAUUCGUUUGAAAGUCGUGGUCUCAGUUGAGAGUUCAGCAGCAAAGAGAAGGAUUUUGAAGAAAUGGUGGCAUAGUAGUGGACAAACCGGGGAACUAGAGCAGAUAGAGGACAUACAGAAGCUAACAAGCAUCAAGAUUAACAAUUGGAUUACCAAAUAUGGCGGUUUUGAUUUGGUUAUUUGUCAGAAUCCAUGUUCUCGUUGUUUGUCAUCUUCAAAACUGAAUCAAAGUGGAGAUGCUGAGGGUAUAGCAAGUUUCGAUUUCUCUAUAUUUUAUGAGUUUGUCCGUGUUUUGCAGAGUGUAAGAAAUACCAUGCACAGAAAGAAGUGAUAAUGUCCAACUCAUCUGCUUGUUCUAAUAAUAUUAAUAUUUAAUA